UCCUGAUUUUUUAUUUUCUUCUCUUCAUAUUACAGCAGAGACAGCACCACCCAAUUUCACUCAACGACUGCAGAGCAUGACUGUGAGACAAGGAAGCCAAGUGCGACUCCAAGUGAGAGUGACGGGAAUCCCUACACCUGUGGUGAAGUUCUAUCGGGACGGAGCCGAAAUCCAAAGCUCCCUGGAUUUUCAAAUUUCCCAAGAAGGCGACCUCUACAGCUUACUAAUUGUGGAAGCAUACCCCGAAGACUCCGGAACCUAUUCAGUAAAUGCCACUAAUAGCGUUGGAAGAGCUACUUCGACUGCCGAAUUGCUGGUUCAAGGUGAAGAAGUAGUACCCGCUAAAAAGACAAAGACAAUUGUUUCGACUGCUCAGAUUUCAGAAACAAGAGAAACACGAAUUGAAAAGAAGAUUGAAGCCCACUUUGAUGCCAGAUCAAUUGCAGCAGUUGAGAUGGUCAUAGAUGGUGCCACUGGGCAACAGCUGCCACAUAAAACACCUCCCAGGAUACUUCCAAAGCCAAAGUCAAGGUCUCCCACACCACCAUCCAUUGCUGCCAAAGCACAGCUGGCUCGACAGCAAUCUCCCUCGCCGAUAAGACUCUCCCCUUCCCCGGUCAGACAUGUGCGCGCACCCACCCCAUCUCCUGUCAGGUAAAGCCUUUUAAAGCAGAUCAGGUCAUUAUGUG